UGGAACCUGGUGUGUGAGGACGACUGGAAAGCCCCCCUGACCACCUCCCUCUUCUUCGUGGGCGUCCUCAUCGGCUCCUUCUUCUCGGGGCAGCUCUCGGACAGGUUUGGCAGGAAGAAUAUCCUUUUCUCAACAAUGGCCGUGCAGACUGGCUUCAGCUUCCUCCAGAUCUUCUCUACCAGCUGGGAGAUGUUCACAGUGCUCUUCCUCAUAGUGGGGAUGGGACAGAUCUCCAACUACGUGGUGGCCUUCAUACUGGGAACAGAAAUUCUUGGCAAAUCAGUUCGUAUUCUAUUCUCUACAUUAGGAGUUUGCAUAUUUUUUGCACUUGGCUACAUGUUGCUGCCCCUGUUUGCUUACUUCAUCAGAGACUGGCGGAUGCUGCUGCUGGCGCUCACGGUCCCGGGGCUGUUCUGCAUCCCACUCUGGUGGUGAGUGACCCCCCCCUGCUGCCCCCAG